AAAUAUAGAGAAAGAAAUUCUCAUAAUGGUUUAGGUUGUCUCGGCGCAUCGAGGUCAUAGACUCGUUAGCUUUCCUUCCAUUACCUUCCAGGAAGGACGACGAUCCCAACUGUCAAACCAUGUACGGCGGACUCUCUUCCAAGCUGGGCCGCUCCGCCGCCCACAACAAGCGGCCCCACUCAUCCUUCCCUCCACCCCCGCGUCCCUCUGGCCCUGGUGGUGGCGCCGGCAGACUCUCCCUCGGAGGCGGCUCCGCCCGCAAACCCGCCGCCGCAACCGCCUCCAAGACUCCGCCGGCGGUGGAGGAGACCUUUAAUCUGGUGGCGGGAAGCGACGCGCUGGCGUUCUCGAUGAUCAUAAGACUUGCGCCUGACCUCGUCGACGAGAUCAGGCGCGUAGAGGCACAAGGUGGUAGGGCGCGUAUGAAAUUCGACCCCAAUCCUCACAAUCCCAACGGGAAUAUUAUUGAUGUUGGUGGAAAGGAAUUCAGGUUUACAUGGUCAAGGGAAUUUGGUGACCUUUGUGAUAUUUAUGAGGAGCGGCAGAGUGGUGAAGAUGGAAAUGGUUUAUUUGUUGAAUCUGGCUCUGCAUGGCGCAAGCUGAACGUGCAGCGAAUCCUGGAUGAGUCGACUAAAAAUCAUCUCAAAAUGCGGUCAGUCGAAGCCGACAAGAAGUCAAAGCAACGGAAAGCCAUUGUCUUAGAGCCUGGAAACCCAUCUUUGAAGUGCCAGAUUAAGCAAUUAGCUGCUGUGGAGGCUACACCAUGGAAGAACUACAAUAAAAAGAAAGAGGCUGCUCUUAAGAAAAGGAAAGUGGAAACUCUUCAAGUCGGAGGCCCCCCCAAAACUACCCAUAACCCUAAAUCUGGAUUUAUGUCAACAACUACUUCUAAGAGCAAAAUUCCUUCCCCUCUUCCAUCUCCACCUGAUCCAUUUGCUGCUGCUUCCUCUCCACUCGGGGCAGUAAAUACUUCUAAGGUUAAUGAUGAUGCUGUACCAUCACAAAUGAUGGGUAAGCAAGAUACAAAUGCAAUUCCUGAGAAAGAAAUCCCCACCAAGGCAAACAAUGCUAUGAGGAAUUCAUUAGGAGGUAAGGGAAAUAAUGGAUCUAAACCAACAGAUUUGCAGGGCAUGUUGGUUUCUCUUCUCAUGGAUAAACCUAAAGGAAUGAGUUUGAAGGCGUUGGAGAAAGCUGUUGGCGACAUGCUUCCGAAUUCUGUAAAGAAAAUUGAGCCCAUUAUAAAAAAAAUUGCAAAAUACCAGUUCCCAGGGAAGUAUAUUUUGAAGCCGGGAGUGGAUUUGGAAAGCAUAAAAAAGCCUCAGAAUGAAUGCGGAAGCUCCCCUGAUGAUAACAAUCCCCAAAUGCAUGCACGUGAAGAAUUUCAUGAUUCAACAUCAGCUCCACAGGGUGGCUUUGAAGAGAAAGUCUCAAAUGACGAUUUUGAGGAGCAGUUGCAAGGAAAAUCCAAAGUGGAAGAAGAAUUAAACACAUUGGAAAAGGUUGACAUUCAACAUACUUCACCUGAUAUUGGUGAUGAAAAAAGAGGUGCUGAUAAUAGUGAAGGGCAGGCAGGCAGCUCUAGUGAGAGUGCAACUGACAGUGACAGUGAAAGUGACAGCAGUGACAGCGGAAGUGAGAGUGGAAGCCGUAGUAGGAGCAGAAGUAGAAGUCCUGCUGGAACAGGGAGUGGGAGUAGUAGUGACAGUGAUACUGAUGCAUCUUCCAGCAGUAAGGACAUCCAGGACGGUUCUGAUGAGGAUGUAGAUAUUAUGACUAGUGAUGAUGAAAAAGAGUCAAGGCCCAAACCAGAAACCUCUGAUCCAAGAAUAUCGUUACCCGGUCCAGUAAAAUCUCCUGAUGGAAGAUCUAUGCAGAAUGAGUUUCAUGAGAAGCAGGAUGGUAAUGAAUCUGAUGCAGUUGACAUUGAAAAAGACUUACCUGAAGAAGAAGAAGCUGAAAUUGCUCCAACUACUGGUGCCAUCUCUAAUGCAAGUGGCAGAUUUGCAGAUGAUACAAAACCUUUUUCACCUGAUUUGCAACAGCUCCAAGAGCGCCAAAAUUAUAUUGGGAGUUUGUUUGAUGAAAGGGAAAGUGAUGUUAAGGAUAGCUAUAGGCAUGAACAGUCUGACAGCUCUGAUAGGCUAUCGAUGGGUAAGAAGAGGCCUUCUAAUGUGAAGAACAUUGAUGACAAAUCUGAACGGACCAAGAGGUUGAAAGCAGGAAACUUGGCUCAAGGAUCAUUUUCUCCUGACAUGGAUGUGCAAAUGUUGGAGAGUUCUCACAAUUUGUCUCCUCCUGAAUUUGCUGAAGGCAAUUCUAAGGGCCGCACAACACAAUUAAUUAAUAGAGCUGAUAGACAAGGAAACACAACUGGUUUACAAAAAGGAUUCAAUCAAGCGUUUCCUGGAAAACCUACUUCAGAUUUACCCCAUACAGUUCAAAGGACCUUUGAUCACACUUCUGUAGUAAACCCAACCAAUGCAUUGGAAAAACCAGAAAGCGUAAGGCACAACAAAAAACACCCGGGAAGGGACUUUCAUGUGCCUGAAGCUUCUUCUAUGCAAAAAGAAAAAUCUCAUAGAGAUGCCCAAAAUGAAGUCAUUCACACCACUGAGAAAAAAGUCCCCAGGAAUUCCAGAGAUGGUAGUGAUGGAAGUAAACAAUUACCAUCCAUGGAUUCACAUUACCAAAAACAAGGCAAUAUGGUUGGUAAGUAUAAGGAAGGACGAAAAAAUGCACAGCAACACUUAAUAACAUCACCCAAUGAAAACAACAGAACUUGUGUUGAUAAAUCCCCUGUAGUUAAUGGAAGAGGUACGCUUCUUCAGAGAGAGCAUUCAGAUUUGGAAUUGGGUGAACUCCGUGAGUCCACUCCUGAUGAAGCCCCUGCUGCAAGGCAAUUUGAUCGAAAGGGUUCGUUUAAACAUGUGGAUAACAAAGGUAGCACUUCAGAGGUCAGGAAUGCAGAUAUUUCUAAAGCAAGGUCUUCAUUAAAAGCAUCUUUAGACUCAGGAAAGCAGUCCCCAGCCCUUGUUAGUUCUGGUUUCCCCACCAAUCUGGAAAGCACCAAUAAAAAGAACUCGGACAAUCAUUUUGAAGAUACAACAAGGUCUCAUUCUAGAGUUAUUCCAUCUCAAUCACAACAUUUGAAAUCUGACCAUGUGGAAGUUGGGUCUCAAAAAUUCGCAGAGAGGAGCAGUAAGGCGAGCCAAGAUAUUGACUUGGAAGGUCGCAGUGAAAGCAAUAGAAGAGCACCUGUUAAUGCAUCUAAACAGCAAGACAAUAAACGUGGAACAGUUUUGCACACUGUCAAAGAAAAUAAAAGGCGAACACCUAAUUUGUUGGAAGAUAUGGCUGAUGGAGGAAAAGAUUUACUGUUGGUAGAUAUAAAUAACAGCGAUCAAAAGAAGAGAGAAUCAUCUUCAGAUGAAAAUAGUUGCUCUUAUUCGAAGUAUGAAAAAGAUGAGCCUGAACUGAAGGGACCGAUAAGAAAUUUCACCCAGUAUAAAGAAUAUGUGCAGGAAUAUAGGGAUAAAUAUGAUAGUUACUGCUCCUUGAACAAGAUCCUGGAGAGUUACAGGGAUGAGUUUUUGAAACUGGGCAAGGAUUUAGAAAAUGCUAAAGGUAGGGAUAUGGACAGAUAUUAUGAAAUCUUGGGGCAGAUGAGAGAAUCCUACCGACGUUGUGGAACGAGACACCAGAGAUUGAAGAAAAUAUUCCUUGUGCUCCACGAGGAACUGGAGCAUAUUAAGCGAAUGAUCAGAGAAUUUGCGGACUCAUACAAUAAAGAGUAAACAAUACAAGAGCACUCUUGAGCAUAAAAUUCUAGCCUGCUCCACCAACCUUUGGAAGUUUUGGGUGAUUCAUGAAGCAACAGCAGAGUAGACGAAUGCAUAUGUAGAUUAUGGAUGUGCAUUAGCUUUUUUUGUUUUCUUGUUUUUUUUUUUUUUUUGAUAGAAUCGUAAAAUUUUGUACAUAUUUAAAUUUUGUACAUUGCUCUUGUGCAUAGGUCUGGCAUUUUUUUUGGUUUAGCCUGACCCUAAUUUUGUUUUCAUGUCUGCAUAAAUUGUAUAUUUUUAGGCUCGUUGAAUAUUCCAGCUUGCUUCAACGUUAACACUUAGAAAAUUUUCAAAUCUGAAUUGCAGGAGUUAUUAGUUCACAA